AUGUCUAUGAAGUUCUUUACGGGUCUGCAGGAUUUUCUCGGCUUGUAUGAGUCGGGAUCUGCAACGUCGUCGCCGGCGUCACCCAUUCCUCCGACGUCGCCGUCAAUGUAUUCCACACAAUCAACUCAUUCGGCGGCGAAUUCGGUCCGUAAAAAAGUGUCGGACGCUAAUAAAGAAACGACUGGGGACAAAAUUCGACAUUGCUCACAUGAUCGAAUUGUUCAGUUUCCUGAUGAUGAAAAAUUGAUAACCGGAUUUCAUGAGCCACAAGUUUCCAGUUUUCAUUCUGGAAUUCUUGAUGACGUCGUUAAUCCGGCGCAGAUCGUUGAGGCGUACCACGAAGCCUGCAAAAAACGAGAUUGUCUGCCAAGUGCGAACGUCGAAAAACAGAUAAAAUGUUUCCAUAAGAGCCCCGAAACUCGUCAGGAGGCAAUUUCAUUGAAGGGUGAACGCGUUUCGCAUGCGCAGAUGGAAGCCCUUGAAGAAAUUUUCAAGCGCGUCCAAUUCACGACCAUCGAUUUUGAGUAUACAUUUUUGGAAGAUGAUGCCGCGAUUUCACUAGCGGAGAUCAUCGAGUACUACGAUUCUUGCAUUCGCCUUAAUCUAUCAUUCAAUAAGCAAAUUGAUGCUAGGGGAUGGUCUGCGAUAUUUCGAGCUGUUAAAAAUAGUUCAUCGCUUCAAAUGCUCAAUCUGCGUUACACAACACUUGAUGAGAAAUCACUACCAGCACUAUGCAAAACAUUGCGGGCUACACCGUGUGCCGCAUUGCGUUACCUUCAUCUUGAGAACACCCAAAUGUUUGGCAAAAAUCUACUGGUUCUUAUUUGCGCGCUUAAAAACAAUACGGGAAUCAAGGAGCUUUAUCUCGGUGACAACAGCCUACAGGGAACCGACGGCGCGCAUAUCUUCCAGCUUAUUUUGAAUAAUACUAGCAUUCAAUUGCUAGAUUUGCGCAAUAAUAGUCUUGGGGAUUCUGGCGUUCGUCAUAUAAGUGAUGCUCUUCGACAUCGUGAAACAUUGGAGAAAAGCUCAUUGUCAGCUCUUGUGUUGUGGAAUAAUCAUAUAACUGGCGCCUCAAUGGAUUGUUUAGCUGAAGCAUUGAAAGUCAACACUAAAAUUGAAACACUGAACAUUGGAAAGAACAAACUCGAUGUUGACGGAGUUGCGCGUUUAAAACCGGCGAUUGUUUCCAGUUCUCAUCUGCAUCGAUUAGGCCUACAGAAUACGAACAUCGACUGCCAAGGUGCAAUUAUUCUGGCCGAGUGUAUGGCGGAUAAUACAGCAUUAUUGAGAGUUGAUAUUCGCGAUAAUCCGAUUGCUCUCGCUGGACUUCUUGCUCUCCAUUCUGCGAUGAAAUUGAAUAAAUCAAUCACACUUCUGAAUAUUGAUGCGAAUUGCGUCAAGCUUAGCAGCGAGAAGGUUCGCGAAUAUCAGGAGGAAUUCGAGCGAUACUUCAACGAGAUUCAAGAAUAUUGCAAUCGGAACAAGGAGGAAGCGAAGAAGCGGCUGACGGUGACAUUUGAUGUUGAAGAAUUGGCGGUGGUCAUCUCGAAGGCGUCAAAUGUCGAACAAGAAGAGCCGAAUCCGGAUAUUCCGGCAGAAGAUGAGAAGGAACACGACGAGUCGGAAAAAUCGCAGGAAAACAAUAAUAAUAGUGAAAGAGUUGUUCUUCCUCGCAAAGAUUUGACAAGAAAAGAGAAGCAGCAUCAAAGAUUUACGAGAAGCUCAUCGCUUACUUGCACAGAAACGGUGCACGAUAUUCACGAUCGUAUUCGAGAAAUGUCGGGAUCAACUCAUUCAUUGGAUUCGAAUAUAAAUCCGUCGAGUGCCCCUAUAGAUUCGUCCAGUAAUUUAGAUUCAAUGAAGACAAUCAAGAAAAGCUUUGUGGUUUCUCCAUCGCCGGCGAAAUUGCCAAUAUCUGAAUGGGGAUCCCUUCCGGCACUGCCGCAAUCCAGUCCGACGUCUACGCCGGUGGUGCGGAAACUCCGUAGGUUCUCGGUUUCGCCAUCUUCUUCGAAUUUCGAUGUGAGCUCGUCCCCUUCAACUGGUGUCUCGAGUCUAACAAAGCAAAUGAUUCCCGAAGUUGGCGCGACGCCACAAUUGACGAAUCCUUUAUCUCGUCCUACUAGCCUAGCAAUUGGUAUUCCACCAAGAGGAUCAGUUUCAGUUGGGCCGUCAUCAGCGCCGGUUCUAAAAAUUGAAUCCAGUGAAAUCUGGUCGCCUACCAAGGCCCAACCGAAGCUCGUUGAACAAACGGAUCAAUCGGUUUGUGAAACUGACGAGGAUAAAGAGAAAAUUUGCAAAUCGGUGGUGAAUGAUCUUCUGAAUUAUGUGGAGUACGAAGAGAAGACGGUAGUCGAAAGAAAGGCGUCAAUAUUGAUGAAGAAUAUGUUCGCGAGGCCAAAUAUUGAUGAACUAUUGAAUGGUAGUGCAACGUCUGUCACAAAAACGAACAUUGUGAGGACUCCAUUAACUCCGUCGAGAGUCCUAGUGAUUUCUGAAGAAAUCGAGGAAACUGAUGAGAAUGUGAUUCAGCAGGUGGUGCGAAGUUUAGUUCGCGAUGUUCUUCAAAUGGAAAAAGACCAAAUUCGAUCGACGCUCGAUCGGCGUCGUCGUCAUCAAUCGAGUUCUGUGCGAAACUCGCCUGUAUAA